AUGUCGUCCAUUGUCGCCCACAGACUGCUCAUGCGCAGUGCCUUGCACGCAAAACCUUUCGGAAUCUCAUCUAGGCGCGUAUUUAGCCGAUCCGCGAUGCACAACCUUGCCGUCGUAAACGCACGCGGGUUCGCCAUCUCUGCGCGUCUUGCGUCACCCGCAGCGAAGCCAAAGUCCAAAACAACAGCUGCAAAGCCUAAGACGGUGAAAAAGAGUACGACGACAAAGGCGAAGAAGACGACGAGGAAGAAGGCUGCUCCCAAGCGCAAGACUGCUACAACUGCUGCAAAGAAGAAGGCGGCACCAAAGAAGAAAAAGGCGGCUCCCAAGAAGGAGGAGAAAGCUCCAACGCCACGUACCGAUCCUUCACUUCGUCCCCCUCCGCGCCGUGUCUCUGCCUUGACCAUCGGGGUUGAUUCAACUUACUUCAAUGUGGAGUGGAAUGACAGAUGCGGAGAAGAAGCCUUUCGAGGAGGAAGCCGCUACGGAGCGAGUCAAGCGUGCCCAAAUUUACGAAAAGUGGCGUGCGGAUCUUACACGAGAGAGGUCAGAACCAUCAACGAGUAUCUCACAAAGAGGGUGCCCAUAAAAGCUUGGGCUGUGACCGACCCUACGAAGAAGAGGGCCCCUACCGGAUUCGUCAAGUUUUACGCCGAGUCAAUGAAGAAUGGGACGAUCGAUGUUUCAAAGGCACCCGCAGGCCAGAGACCAGCCACAUAUGGGGCAGUAGAAGCUGCAAAGCUCUGGAAGAGCAUGACCGAGGCCCAAAAGGCGGUUUACAAGGCUUAA